UAUGAUUUUCAAAUGUCAAGGUCAAACACUGACAAUUGAACUCCUUAAUUAGAGAAAAUUAAAAGCAAAAAAAUAAACAAACAUCUAGUAAUUUCUCGAUCUGAAGUGGGUGUCAACUGAAAAAUUCCUCAGCUUCUUGCAACAGGCAUAAUACUUGCAGACAUACCCAAAUUUGUAUUAGUCAAUACUUUCUCAAAUUUCAUCAGAUGCCUCCGAAAAGAGGAAGAUCCAAAAAAGAUAUAGAAUCUGGAGAGGAUUCCGAUGAGUAUCGUAAAAAAAGAGAUAGAAACAAUUUGGCUGUUAAAAGGAGUCGAGUUAAAUCGAAGCAGAAGACCCAAGAAACCAUGUCACGCGUCAACCAAUUGAAGCAAGAAAAUUCCGUGCUGGAAGAGAAAGUGAAAAGCCUGACACAGGAAUUGGGAUUUCUGAAAGAACUGUUCUUAGCUCAUGCCUCUAACAGUGCCAACCAAUCAAAAUUUGAAGGGAUAGAUUUAGAGCAGCUACUCAAAGACCCACCUGAAAGCCAAAAUAAUAGGGAUACAUAAGCCUGCAGCUUGUUCAGAAUUGAAUAUUCGGUGUCAAGGGGGUACUCAAAUCGUCAUUACUAAACAUUAUACUGAAUGACAUACCAGGUUCGCUAACUGCAAAUGACUGAAUAUAGAAACAAACGCCUGAUCUUCAUAUCAUCUUUGAAUAAUUAGAAAAAACUACUUCAGUUGGCCUGGUAUAAAUUCAUAUUUCUGAAUUUCAUUGAGUUUAAGGUUUUCAAAACCUUGAUUAUGUCUCUAUCAUUGGAAUACCAUCGAAGAAUUACAAAAAUGAAUUAUAUUCACUAAGGAGACACUUCAAAACCAUUGCUCAUUUUGAAAAUUUGUUUUGUUAGAACAUACUGAUUCCUAUAGAUUCAAUCGUGGUAAAUAUAUUUUCUUUUUUAUUCAUGGAGGAUUCCUUCUAAUAUAUUUUUUUUUAAUUAUACUCUCAUAUCACAUGGAAAAAUGUAAUCUCAGUUGUAUGAUUUUACAAUAUUUUUAAAGAACUGAUUUUUUGUUUCUUUACAAAAUAAUCGCAGUUAGAACAUACACAGAUUUUUUUUAUAAUAAAAUGUAAAUAUUCAAAUGAAAAACUAUACAAGUUUGAUUCUGUUUAAGUUUAACAUUGUUCAAAGGAUAUUUAUAAGAUAUACUCAUUAAAGUUUGUUACAUUUA